UGGAUUUAAGCUCUAGUGAAAUCAAAGAAGUCGAAAACAAGCCGAAAACAAUAGAAGAUGUUAAUGUUGCAUUGGAAAAUGUUAUACAACACGCGGGAGAAAUGGGACUUUAUCAGAAAUUGUUGUUUUUUGCGAUGUUCCCAUUUGCACUUAUGUGGACUUUCGUUUAUUUCGGACAUAUGUACUUAACACUGAUGCCAGAACAUUGGUGUAAAGUACCGGAGUUAGAGGGACUGGAAGCGGAAUUAAGGCGAUCAUUAUCAAUUCCUAUAAAUUCUGCUGGUAGCUAUGAAAGAUGUAGAAUGUUUGACGCUAACUGGACUCAUGUUUUGGAGACUUUACAACCACCUGAUGAAGAAACACCUUUAACAUUAUGUAACAAUGGUUGGGAAUUUUUAUUUAACGAUAUACCCUACGAGACUAUUGCUACUGAAAGGGAAUGGGUUUGCAAUAAAGCGAGUUACAUACCAACAGUAACAACAUUCGGGUUUGCCGGAACCUUAUUAGGCGUUAUUACACUUGGAGUGCUUGCUGACUACUUUGGGCGUGUUCCUCUUAUUAUAGUGGCCAAUUUAUGUGGUUUUUUGGGCGGUGUAGGAACUUUAUUUACGACUGGCUUUUGGGACUACGCAAUUUGCAGAUUUAUUGUUGGCCUUAGCAAUAAUCAAUGUUUUAUGCUUAUGUAUAUCUUAGUAUUGGAAUAUGUGGGUUCCAGCCACCGUACGUUAGUGGCUAACAUGUCUAUUGCAUUAUUCUUUGGCAGUGGAUGCCUUGUGUUGCCGUGGCUGGCUUACGGCAUAGCCAACUGGAGAAUUCUGCAGAUCGUUAUGGUGUCACCAAUAGUAGCAGUAAUUGCAGUGCCAUUUUUGCUACCUGAAAGUGCAAGAUGGUUGUCAACGACAGGGAACGUAGACAAGGCUUUAAAAAUGAUAAGAAGAGUUGAAAAGAUCAACAAAAAGAAAAUACCUCAAGACGUGAUUGAUAAUUUUAUGGUACGCAACCUGUAA